AUGGUUGUCUUCCCGAACCUUCACGGCACCAUUUGUCAGUUGGCCUCACGAUUAGCAACUGAUCCCGAUGUUUACUUGCAACGCCUUCCAUACCAUUCUGUGAUCACAAAUUGCGGGGGACCAAAGAAGAUGGCUGACCUGCUCUUGGGAUGGGUUGACCCUCACAUUAAGACCCUUGAGGGUAGAUUGAUUCGAACAGAAGAUCUUCUCAUGGUUCAGGCCAAUCAGAACGGGCACUGGUGCCCGCACGGAGGGUACUUAGACAUUGUCACGGACUCAAGAAACCACGAAUACUGGCGUGCCUACCCGGGCCAAUCUACAUCUCCUCCGGAUCGUAUUAGAAUACACAAUCGGGCAAUCCUACGUGGAUCUCAAAACACACUGCAUUACUUCGUCAUUGCCCAAGGACAAGGAUAUCGAGCAGCAAAUUGGCUUAAGCUUUGGGAAAUACCAGAGGAGACAUCACCAUCAAAUACCUUGCGAGCAGUGGCUUUGAAUGUUCUAGAGAUGACGAUGUGUCGUGCCUUUGAAUCGCUUCCGGGGAAGACUUUAGAGAAAUACUUCGGGCCAAGAGAGGAUGGGAAGCCAUACACAAAUCUUGGGCUAAACAUAAUUCCUCCUGUUCUGCAGGGUCUUUCCUUGGUGCCUUCUGUACGGAAACUCUUUUCCCAAGACCUGGAGAUAUCUACGGACCCCGACAUCAAUAAAUGGCCGAGAUUUUGGUAUGAAUAUGGAAAACAAGCGGACAGAUCCAAAAUUCAUUUUCAGCGUCCGUUGAUGAAAUCCUCAGAGCUCCAUGAUCGCUUUCAAGAUGCCGUUCAGCAUCUUUCGUUGAAGAAGUCUUUCUGUGGCAGUGAGCCUCUACCACAUCCAAGUUCCAGCAAUGUUGAGCUUUUGCAACGGUUGAGAGAAGAUUUGGGGUCAACCAGCCUUCCCUGGGCUCUUCCGAACGGAAAUCUUGAAGCACUGGUGGGUUUUGUCCUUGAUGAUUUCUGGCAAGAAAAGCCGGACCACUUGAGUAACACAAAGAUAUCGAUUGCGAGCCAGCUUCAAGAUAGUGGAUGGAAUACCACAAAUUCUUUAAUUUGGGCUGCAAACCCUAUCUUGCGAGACUUGACGAAAAUGUCGCAGUCCUUCCGAUCGGUCCAAGAGAGUGAAAAGAAGACUUUUAUUCGGUUUAAUCAAUCGAUUCUCCAGCAUAGCGGAUUACGCGUGGUUCUCAUGUGUGGACAUGCAGUGCAGAACUUUGUUGUGCCCAUGAAACGGCAAGAGACAUGCCUUAAGCUAGACGCUGGGGAGUUUCCUGUAUUCCUUGAUUGCGACCGCGAGACAAUUCAGAGGGUCUACAUUUUGAUUCCUAAUCCAGCGGAUGCAUUUAUCUCUCAUGAAUGGCGCAAGACUCACAAGAUAUCGGAGAUACUUCACUUCACAUCAGCAAUCACCAAAACUCACGCAAUUCGCCCUUACGCCGGUGAUAGCUCAUGCGUUCUAACCAGCGCCAUACGGAAUAUCAUGGAUGAGCGCACAGGAGCCCAUGAAAGCCUGACACUCGAAAACCUUCAUCCUAUGACUCGACUGUGGCUUGCUCGUCGAGGAUUUGUUAAAGACAAAGAUAUCACUCUCCUACAGGAACUAGGAGGUGGAAGUCUUAGAAAUUCGGUUUUUGUCUUGCUGCAUGUAGCCCCGAGUCAUGUUCAAAAUGCCCCUACGACAGCCUCUAUGAGCUCGUUUCAUCGAUCAAGCGAUCGCCAUGUGCCAAAUUUUCAUAUUGACAAAGCGCAUCUCGAAGCCAUCGGUGAACUCUGUGAACAGCUGAGUAAGAGGCUGCCAGUUGAUCUUUACCACCCAGCCAUUGAUUCAAUCCAGGAGGCUAUAUCCAGGGAAUCGGCAUUGGAAUGCGACGUUGGGGAGGCUGAGGUUGCUGAAAGAGAAGAUUUAGAGGCCUCUGGGGCUUAUCUCGAUGACGAAGGCGUCUGUACAAUUGCCCCUGGGGAUCCUUUCGUAGUACGGGAAAAGGAAGUUCGCCGUGCACAUACUGAUGACCGAGACUUCACCAUUGGAGACAAAACUCGACAAGAUCUCUUGAAGGGCCGCAAAUACAAGGGCACUCGAAGGCAAAAUCACUUGAAUCUAACGAUACAUUCGAGCAUUAUGCUGACUAUUCCCGUCAAUAAUGCUCCAGAAGAAGUGAUUGUCAAAUUUGAAAUUAAGCCAAUUGGCCAAAGCCAUCCAAAUGUUUGGGCACAAGAGACAGGCGCGACCGAAAAUGGAUCACGGUUGGCUUUUUGUGUGACCUACAAACGAACUGACGUUGAGGUAUCACUUUAUGCCACCUCUGAUAAGCUCAGAGAUGCCUACAAGGCUAACUCGUUUUCCGGGGGCGAUGCGUGCGAUGUGACCUGA